GUCCAUGAAUGUGAGUGUCCACUUCAUUCACUAAAAAGCAAUUAAUGCUCUAGGAUCAUAACUAGACAGAAAUGGGUCUAUUCAGAGCUAUAUUUAGCUCGAUGUGCAGGCGUGCAGUAUUGUUCAAUCAUUCAAAAGUAUUGAGUGUGCAGUGUGCAGGCUUUGGCCAAUUAGGCCAGAUAGCCUCCGUGUCACAUUCAAAGUGAAUAAACGACUCAUAAGUUAUUCAAUCAAAGUUAUCUGCUGGGUUUUUUUCCCUGCAUAAUCUGGAAAAUGAAGCCUAAAAGAGUCCAAAGAGCAUGUUGCCUAAUUGGGUGAAGGGUUGAAGAAAAUCUGUCUGAUUAGCCUUCUCCAACAGACGGGGAUUAAGCUUUUAGUCUGUAAUUAUUAUAAAGCAUACGUCAGCAGAUAUCCACCCAUUUCAGACAGCCAGUGGAGCGGAGGGAUGUCCUGCUAGGUGACUGCGCUCUGUGCCAGGCCCGCUCAGACGUGGAGACCCUGGAAUAGGAGCAGGAACAGGAAUAUCCUCCUGAGUCAGUGCCACGACGCUGACACACACACAUUCACACACACACACACACACACGCCCCGGCAGGGCUGCCUCUGCUCCGAUAAUAAGCAUCCUAUGCUAUUCUGCUCAAGAUGGCGGUGCAGGCAGCGGAAAAGGACGGAAUAGUGUUGAAGAAUGUGGAAGAUGAGCAGCUGAACGACUCGCUGGGGAACCCCGGCCUCAUCUCACCUGACAAGGAGGAUUUAUCACGUCUCCUGACGGUGCCAUUCAGCGGACGCAUCCGGGGAGGCAUGCGGCCAGGAAAGAAGAUCAUAGUGAUGGGCAUUAUUGAUUUGGAGCCAGACAGCUUUGACGUGAGCCUGACCUGCGGCCGCGAAUCAGAGAAGGAGGAGCCGCCGUUUGACGUGGCCCUGAAACUCACCGCCCGCUUCACUGACCGCCAGUUCCUGCGUAGCGCCCGGAUCUCUGGGAAGUGGACGGAGGAGGAGGCGUCCACCGCCUAUUUUCCCUUCAUCCCCGAUCAACCUUUUAGGAUUGAGAUCCACUGCGAGCACCAGAGGUUCCGAAUAUUCGUGGACGGACACCAGCUCUUUGACUUUUAUCACAAAGUAAAAUCUUUGGCCUCUAUCGACACAGUACGGAUACAAGGAGACCUACAGAUCACCAAGCUCGGUUAACUUCCCGCUCCAGCUCUGCAAAGUCGUGUGUGAAGCAAGGACUUGAUCACAGAUGAAAACACACACACACACACACACACACACACAUACGCAUGCGUCUGUUACGUCAUCAUCCAUAACCCAUCAUGCAACACUGCAGCAGCAUAGCAACUGGAAAAAAAGUCUCCCACAGUAACAAGUUAGAGUUCCUCUGCUUUAUUUCAUUCACUUCUAUCCAUUCCUUUCUAUUUAACCAGGAUCUGAUAUAAUGAUUCUUUGUGGGUGAAUGUGUUUGUUCCAUUUUCAGGUUUUUCCUCCUUGUAGCCCCAGUUUUUGUCAGAUCAGGGAUCUCACAGCUUAUUAAUAGUGCGUUCAUUUUCUCAUGUUGAAUCCUUUAGGGAUGCUGAGACAGAGGCAGGUGUGGAAAAUAAACUCGGACAUUACGAAACCAAAUACUCAGGAAAAAAAAUAUCUGGCACUUAGCUAAUAUGAAAGCAAACUGUUGUUGAGGCGUGAAAACCUCCAAAAUUGGCGAUUAAUCAGAUGCUUUAACAUAAAUUGUCCUGCAAAAUCUCUUAGAUAAAAUGCAAAUUAAAUCUUUUUGUGGCUCACGAUGAAGAUUUUCACCCAGCAACAGUGACAUGUAUGCUGUAAACUUCUGCUGUAUUGGACCUGAGCAGUGUUUAGAUACUAAAACUGAUCCUUGAUUAAUUCCCUCAAAGGCAUAAACAUGAUUUUUCUAUAAGAUAAAACUGGUUUAAAGCAAAACAUUUUAGUUCGUUUGGUGCUUUCAGAUUUACUCAGUUGGGUGUGUGAUUAUUGCUGUAGUUAUCUUCCAAAUCUCAACCUGCGGCUGAUAAGAGUCGAGUAUUACACCCUGUUUUCUCUGUGCUGAUGUGUCUCCAACUCCGUAGGCACUCCCCUGCCUUCCCUUGGGUUUAUUCCAGUUGUCAUGGUAACAACGCUGCAAUCUCACCGACCUAAAUACCCAAAAAAUGAGGAUUAUAUCAUGAUAAGAUGUAGCAGAAAGCGUCCCAUACUGUGCACUGCGUGUGUUGGUAGUUUGCACUCAUUUUAGCGUUCACUGCAGCCGUUUCUCUUGUUGAUAGAAAGUUCUGCUGCUGAACAGGAAGUUGCUGAACUGGACUCUGAUGUCUGUUGUUUCACUCACAUUUUUCAUCUAAACCUCAUCCAAGCUGCACACUAAUAAGAUAUGCAACUUCUCCUCUGGCAUAAAAAAAAAAAAAAAAACCCACAUACACUCUAGUCAAUAUUUAGAAGAAACUGUGCUGUCAAAGUGUGCAGGUGUUGGCUGAGUGCAAACUAAAAUCCAAAACAUUCAGUCGCAUUCGGCGGUCAGUUGGUUGUUUGGAAGCAGGAUCAGAUCCUGAUGGUAUUUUGAAUGUAUAGUAUUCAUGUUUCUAUAGUAGUAUAGAAGAUAUAGUAAUGCACAAGAUGAUUACUCAGUGUCACAGUUUUUUGGUGGUAUGGCUGGUGCUGUUAUAGUCCAUUUUCUGUCUGACAGUAUGUCUUACUUUUUUUUUUUUUUUUUUUUUUUUUAAGUGUUUCCUGAAUCAUUCCACGUUAGCGUCUUGUCCACACUGAGGCAGAUUAGAAGUUAUAAAGCAGUUACGUCCUUGUUUAAUGCAGCCAGCAGGUCUUAACAAGCACUGUUAAGUCUUAUAUGCAUCGCAUGGUUUUAACUCCGCUCUAUUCCGCUCUGCACAAGACGUAUUUUUCCUUCACUGAGACAGAAAGGAAGUCAUGAUAAAUACACAGUGAUAGUUUAGGUGACGUGCAAAGUAAAAACUCACAGGUAUGAAAAGUAUUAUGUCUCAAAGUGCUCCGUUUACACCUCUUAGAGGAGGAACAUUCACUAUGCUCUGCAAAGUUUAACACAUACAGCUGUAAGAAUAUCACUACAUAGAUUUCUAGAUGUCACUUUCUAAUAAGUCACCCUUUAUAACAGGUUUAUAAAUUGUACCUAAUGGCAUUUUCAAUGGUUGAUAAUGUUAAUACUUUUUUAUAAGCCAUUAAUGAGAACAACUUUUGGGUUUCCGGGUUCUUUUUGUUUGUUUAUCCUCUCAAUUGAGUAAUAGUAGAGCUGUAAAUAUUGCUAAACCGUCUAAUAAGCUAUCAGGUCGUCAGUUAACAUUUAAUAAAUUAUGCUGAUAAAUCACAGGUCAUCGGUGCAUCAGAGUUUUCUGUAAGAAGUCCUAAAAAGCUAAAAAGAUGUGUGAGUGUCAUACUGCAAGAGGAUUUUUCACAACCCAGGCAACUCAGAAGUUGUUCUUAUUAAUGGCUUGUAAUUGAUCUAUAAAGCAUUAGUAAAUUAUGUAUUAACCAUUAAUAAAUUCAUGAUUUAUAACUUGGAAACCUUUUAUAAAGGAGGACUUUACUAGAAAAUUCAAAAUAGACGACAGUAAAACUUGAACCAGGUUGGAGAAGCUUGUUUGAUCACCUUUGUAGUCAUAGAAGCAGAUGUUAUACUUCCUAUUUAACUGAAACGUGUCAUGGUUCAGAGCCGCUCAACACAGUGAAGAGGGAAAGACUUUUGUUGGUACACCUUUUCACGAGGCUGCACAGAGCUACCGUUAAGAUUUUUUUUCAUUUUGUUGAUCUUAUGCUUGUAAAAGGUUUUUCUCAUCACCCUUUUGCUGCUGUGAAUUUGGAGUAAGCCAUGACAUCUGUGCAGAACUUCUCUCUGCAGAUCACCGCGGGGCGCUCGUUAAACGAUGCGUGCCAUGUUUUCACGCUCACGUUAAUGAAGCUGCCUUUAGAUUUCUGUGCAAACUUUAAAGAAACCUCUUUGUUUAACAUCUCAGUGAGCUGCGGCUGUUGUGCGGCAUUCAUCGAAAUACAGAGAUGCUGCUCACUGUACAUGCAGGCACUGAGCAUUUACUAAUUCCUUUCACGUAGCAAUAAGGUUGCUGCUCCCAAACUGACUGCUCCGGAGGCAGACUUGUUUUCUCCUGGUUGGUCAGACGGGGUCUUCCUGAGUGCCAGAGCUGUCGUUUUCGCUUUGGCAGGCGCUGGUUUAUUUCGGACACAAACAGGAAACAAGUUCAGUUUGGUAUGAGAGGGCAGUGAGAAGUGCAGCUGUGAGCCAGUGCGAUGCAUCAUUACUCCAGUAUUACAACAGAACAAAUAAUGUGUAAUUGUGUGGACAGGGUGUGUUUUUGGGUACUGUUUUUUUUUUUUGUUUGUGUUCUUUCUUUUAACAAUUGACCAUACAUUUGUAAUACUACAAUUUCUUGUAAAACCAUGUUAAUAUACACUAUGUAAAGAUUAUGACAUUAACUCAGCGGUAUGUUUCAUUGAUGUAGAAACAAGAUGUGUGUUGAAGUGUAAUACAGAUUACUGUUUUCAGCUCCUCCGCUGUCGUUUAUAGCACACGGAGCCAAUGGGGGAGGGAGACGAACAAUUCGAGACUUCCUGUACUAAAGGGCUGGAAAGGGAGCUCUUCAUGUUUGCGUGUGUGUUUGUGCAGGGAGUGUGUUUUGCUUAACAUAAUUAGCAAAUUGUUCUUGGGACUGUUGUGAGUGUUUUUUCCCAUUAGGUUUGCUGCACGGUUGAGUGUGGUGCAGGUACACGAUAAGCAUGCAGGGUACUUGAGCUUACUUAUUCGGUACUGGUGCACUUUAAAGAAGGCGUUGGUGUCCACUUAGGGGACUCACAACUGCUUGGUAUUCCAGUAAGCAAAGACACACAACCGGUACAUGUGCUUGUGUAUCUGGAAAACCUCAACAUGUGUUGUGUUUCUUCCUGAAAUGUAGUGUUAAAUACAACAGAUCCCAGUCAUUGAUCUCCUAAUGAUCCCAUGUCCUUUGAAGAACAAUCCUGGGAAAUGUAAUUAUUCCUUUUCACUAUUAUUUUAAUUACCACCCUUUAAAAGUAUAACUAAAAAUAACUGAAUGUCAUUCUCUUCCUGAUUGUAAUCUGAUGAUAAAUGCCAAGGCAGACAUACUGUUUAUUUUCACCUCAGUUAUUAAGGAUCCCCGUUUCAUACCUGUUCAGAUCUAUUUCACACUUUCUACCCUCAUUCAAAAGUCUGAUGUAAGAGAAACAGUUUAUUUGACCCAGGUCUGUAUGUUACCCUGCUUUUGGACUUUGGAUGUACAUAUUUAUGAACGUGGCCUCACAGGCUUCGGUUUUUACACAAUGAAUACCAAACUGAGUAACAAGCAGAAAGCAUUUUGUUGUGCAUGUAAGCUAGUACCUGGCGAUUUUAUGUACAUGAAAGACUGAGGUAUUGCCAGUUUUUGUUCGGAUCAAGCAUGCUUUUAUGUUCUAAACAUCUAUCAGGCGCUUUGCAAGGGCAAAUUUCCCCUUGUGGGUGGAUUUUUCUUUGGCCUCUUUAUCUUUAUAGCCUAGUUUAAAUGAAGUUUAGUACAUAUCCAAAUUACAACCUUUGAACACGAACAUUAGGAUGCACAAAGCAAGAAUAUAAACUUAAGUAUCUAAUUAAAGCUUUUUCUCCCAUGACGUUGAACAAGUAGAAUAACAAAAGGACUUAAUAUUAAGUGCUAAAAACCUAGGUGGCUGUUGCAAGAACAGCUACAUCAUGAUGUCCAUUUAUAAAGUGUCCUCUGAGUAGAAGUAGGCUGAUCUGUUGCUAAUGUAUUGUGUGGUUGUACAAUCAUGUUAUCAUUUCUAUUUAUUACAGUGUAACCAGCAGGGUUGUGCGUGUGUGUGUGUGUGGUAAAGUCAUACCUACUGUAUUUGGUAACAUACUAAUUUUUGCUGUUUAUAUGAAGGCAUCUUGAAAAGUUGAGUUUUUUUAUAAUGAUGAGUGUUCUGGGAAUUUGUCCAGAUGAAACUGAAUUUCGGACCGUGAUGUCAAAGACAAAUGUCAUGCACAAAUGUUAACAAACUAAUGAAAUUAAACAAGUAUUGGGUCAAACUACCCCCCUGUAGAUUCUUUCACUUUGAGAUUUUUAACCAUAAAACAAGGCAAACCAUCAUUUUGAUUUGGUGUUUUGUAAGUUUGAGCAUCACCAGGGUGUUGCCUGCUGUAACUUUGAUCUUCUGAAAGUCUUUCAUGUUACAGAGCAUCAUGUUGGCCCCCUCUCUGUGCUGUUUGAUCUGUUUUUUUUUUCUGUGGUUUUUUUUUUUUUUUUUUUUUUUUACAGUGGAGCAGAUGUCUGUUCUGUCACCACAAGAAACGUGAGCCCUCUUAUGUACAACAUGAUGUCAAAUUCCCGAGAUAUCCUGAAGCGACCCUGAUUUUGUGUCUCAUUGAGAAUGUGCACUGGACCAGUAUUUAGAUGAAGACAGUAACAUUCUGCCAUUGUGUUAGAUCUCUCCAAAUGUUUCUUUUUUUUUUCUCCUCAUGCUUUUGUAAAAACAGCUUCUUUGCAAACCAUUAAACUUCUCAUCUUGGAAGGUG